CGGGAGGUUGGGCAACAAGUGCGAUACGGUGCUCGGUUUUGUGAUUCAGUUCAUUGUGAACGGUACUCGAGAGCGGACGGAACGCGCAACACGUUUUCCGACAUCCUGGCGCUUCCCGAGGAGCAGCGGUUUUAACGGUCGCCAAGCAAAGAGAGGACGGUGAACGUCGUCGUUGUCGUCGUUGCGUUUGUGGUACAACAUCUAAAGGAUACACAUAAGGCGACCUGUUGUAGCUGCAAUGACCUAGCACAUUCGGGAGCGAGCAGUUUCGGUCUUUCGAGAAUUGAUGGGCACGCUAGGGGGCUUCAGGGGAUGAAUGGAUAUGGAAGGCAUUAAUUCUUAAUCAACCGAAUUGAUGUGAUGUGUGUGUUGGGAGUGCUGAAUUCGUGUGCUUCAUUUAAAGGAUAAGAAUCUACGGCGGCAGUCUGGUCUGGUCGUAGGGGAGAAGUGGAGUGAAGAAUUCUUCAAGGAAUGUGCCUCGGUCUACGUACCAAGUGUGGUCUGGUCAGUGCUCAUAAAACAUUGGAGGCGCCGCCGUCCGGAAUGGUGCAAAUUAAGUGGCACUACAUUGGAUUAGGUUUCGGAAAGAGCAGCAGGUUUAUGGCAAAGAAGGGGGGAUUAUCCUCGGCUUAGAGGAAUUUGCUGCCCGGGUAUUAUUGGGGGGUUGUUUAAGCCUUUGGUGCUACGAAUGGUUGGUCACAGAAAAGUGAAACGUGAGCAACAAGUACCGAAUGGACCUCUUCGAAUGCUAUUGGUCUAGCUAGAGUGGUUGUGCUUUUACGUGACGUGACAAUUAUCAAGUGGGCUAUAGAAAGUGUAGAGUGUUUUGCUGCACUUCGUUGCAAUGAUGCAACCAACUGGAUCCACAUCAACUAAUGGCCGGCACGUCCAGUCAGUUAACCAACAUAUGUAGAAAACCGGGACGUGUUACUUUUUUACAAUUGCAUCCUAGCUCCGACUCAAUUGGAUCGUAUUAUUUAACAACCGGAAGGAACGGAUGUAAAUUAAUUUGGAUUUGUUGCUUAGGAAACAAAAGCAAAAAUGGUAGAUAUUGUUGCUAUUCAAGCUCCAACUUAAAAAUUGCUCAAACAACAGGACACAAAUAAAAAAUCGCGAGAAGCAGCACCGAUCAAAACAGUCUCUAAAUAAAAUUCAGACAGGGCCGACAUGAAAACCCUGGAUAGUAUAUUCGAUCAGCUGAAGGCCACCGGAAGCAGCGGAGAAUGGCAAAACGUAUCACCGGUGCAUUUGAUCCUGUACGUGUGUGCUUCCUUUUUGGUGGUGUCCCUGCUGGGACUGCUCAUCUACAUCACCUGCUCCAAGAAAUACCGGCUAAACUGGUACGAGAAAAAUUUGCUCGAAUCGGCCAAAGACAGGAAUGGGUACGGUCGAAAGCAGGAGAGUCAAAACAGUUGUCCCAUUCCAUACAACGUGGAUGCGAUUCCAGGGACUUCCCGCUACUUGAACCGAAAUAAUGGAAGUCCACUGGCCAAGGCAGACGAUCCACCCUUCUGGGCUGCCCAAGGCUUGUACAAGAAACCCAACAACACCUGUCAGCUUAUCGAUUCUUCCGACGAAGACAAUCCAGACGACAGUGCCGACUCAUCGAGCAGUUGCAAAUCGGUAAUUACCGUGGGACCUGUCCCAAUAGCUCGUACAGAUAAACACGUGGUCCUAACGACAACUAGUCCAGCAAGACCCACGACUUCCACGGUGAAGGCGAAGAAUGGAAAAUCCUCCACAUCAGGAGAAGAUAAGCCCGAUGGGAUCCAGAGUUCGGAAUCGGCUCUGAAGCUGGAUCCCAACGACGAUUCCCGAGGCUCAAUUCAUCUGAUGCUCAACUACGACCCGAGUGCGGGGAUACUGAACGUGAAACUUGUAGAAGCUCAAGACUUGCAACCAAGGGACUUCAGCGGAACAGCCGAUCCGUAUGCGAAGAUAAGGUUGCUGCCCGACCGGAAUAACAUGUGGCAAACUCGAGUGCACAAGAAAACUUUGAAUCCUGUAUUCGACGAAGAUUUCGUUUUCGAGGUCCGACCGGCGACUAUCGGCCGGCGCACCCUCGAGAUACUGCUGUUCGAUUUUGACGCCUACUCGCGUCACGUGGUCAUCGGUGGAUCACAACUAGCGCUGGCGCAUGUUGAUCUAUCCGAGAAGCUGGACAUCUGGCGCCCGGUGGGACCUUGUGCUGAAAAUGACCCUAAACAAGACCUGGGAGACGUGAUGGUGUCCCUCUCAUACCUUCCAUCAGUUGAAAAACUUACCGUAGUGAUUAUCAAAGCACGCAACCUGCGGAUCAUCGACGAAACACGCAGCUCGUCGGACCCCUACGUGAAAAUAUCUCUGCACAACAUUGACGGCAAACGGCUGAUGAAACGCAAAACGACGGUGGCCCGAGCAACUGUCACUCCGGUCUACAACGAGGCCCUUUCGUUUGAUAUUUCUAAAGAUGCACUGAAAAAUUGCUCCAUCGAACUACAAGUGCUACACGACAGUCUUCUCGGCAAAAAGGAAGUGCUCGGACGGGCUACGAUAGGAAGUGGCCCGGAUGUGAAACCGGAAGAUCAAUCCUUCUUCGAGGAACUUUUCCGCAAUCGAUCGGCCACCGCCAAAUGGAUCUCGCUAUCCAACUGGAAGACCUCUAAAGGUUCAUCCAAGUAGUGAAUCAAAGUCUCUAAAAUCAUACUUUCAAGCAAAUGUCCAAUGUACCUUAAUCUAUUAUACUGAUUGUUAACCACAAACAAAUGUAUCUAUGCGUUGAAUGUUUUGAACAAUGUUGCUAUAUAUCGAUGUACUCUAUAUUAUACUGGAAGGAUUUGAGGAGCCAAACUCUCUGCAAUCUUAUUUGGCAAAAGAGUUGGAAUUAUCUAUUUACUGUAGCCUGUUUGGAUAUUCUAAAGUAUACAUUUACAAGCUGUAGCUUCAUCUUUUAAACUCUACCCAAGCAUCAUCAUUUACACUUUUACAAAUUGUUGUUUCAGUAAACCGGGAGGAAACAUCAACAAAAAAUCAAAAACAAAAUCAUAAACCAGUGAAACUCAAUGUGACUGCAGCUAAUACAUAUAUACAACUGUAUAAAAUAAUAAAUUUUCAAACAAUAUUUCAUAUUUAAAAAAUGAACUAAAGCAAAUCAAACGCAAAUGAUUAAAAAAACAAAAUUCACCACCACAAAGUGACUGGUUUAGGAUGGUUUCGAAAAGGGAAAGAAAAUACAAAUGGAUAACAGCCGUUAACUUUGAGGCAUCAGCUUUGGUGCUGCAGAAUAAUACAAUCUAUAUCUCCAAACAUUAGCUGAUUAUGCAAAUCAAAAUAUUAAAAAGACAAAAAAAACUUCAAUAUACAAUCUAAACUAGUAUUUUAGGAAGAAUAAAGUCAACUGAAAUA